AAAUAACCAAGAGGGAGGCUAGCAAUAGCAGCCCUUGGCUUGGAUAGGCCCUUGUUACAUUUUUGGGGGUGAAUCACGCCAGUUCUGCAACAGUAAAGAUGGGCUGCGAGGCGGUCAACGAAAACUGCUUCCAAGAAUCGCCUGAGUUCAGGCCUCCCGAAGUAGGAGACCAAUACAACAACUCGGAUGAAUGUUCAAUACACAGCCUGAAGAAAGAUGUUGAUAGUGACAACGGCAAGCCUCCUGUGAAGACCCAUGGCUGUGAUAUUGAGACAACAGGUGUUAUCAAUCCAAGCGCAGACGGAAAUAUGCACGACGACCCUAUCUUAGUGGUUACUCCAGAAUGGCAGAGGCGCGGUUGGCUGCUGGAGGUUUCACAAUCCGCUGAGGAUAACCCCGAAAGCGUCAAUAGCUUCAACAGCGAUAAUGAAUCUGAUGGGGGAAGCUGGACUUUUGAGGAUGGGCCUGAUGCCAACUUGAAGAUACAUGAGCUCCAAAUACAGAAUAUGACGAGUAUCUGUGAGGCUAUGGAGGCAAGGGCAAGGACGGCUGAAAAGGAAAUAUCAGACAACGACAAGGCUUUCAAAGAACAACUCAACGACUCAUAUUUCAAGCACGCUGAAUCCAUGCAAGCUCAACAGGACCAGUUCGAUACUGAGCGCGCAGAGGCUCUGAAUAUUAGGAAAGAACUUCUUCGCGAGAAUGACCAUCUGAAAGUGCAAUAUCGCAGAGCCUGCGCGCAAAUCAAGGAUCAGAAUGAUGAAAUCAAUGAACUUAACGCCAGAGUAUCAGGGUAUAUUGAGGUACUUAAGCAAGUCAAGGCUCCAGAUGGGUCAGUCUAUACCCAUAAGCAGAGGCAGGGCACAAUCGACGACCUAAAACGGGACGCCAAUGCACAAAAAGAGUUCUACAAGAAUCAAAUCAAAACUUUGGAAAAUCAAGUGGCAAGGAAAACGGCCCGCCUCAACAAAGGCACCGAAGAAUCUCGCAACCUUCAGCAAAAGCUCCAAAGUUUGAGCACUGAGCUUUCGGACGAACAACAAAAAUUCCGAGACAUCGAGGCCAAGCUAGAAUUGGAGAGGAAGAGUCGUUUGGACAUGGAGGAAACCAACAAGAAGAACUUUGAAACAUGGGGUCGAGAUGCUCAAACUGCUCUAGUGAACCGGGACGAGCGAAUUCGUCAAAUGGAAAAUAUGAUUGGGAAUCUUCAAGCCCAUUUGGUUACAGCGCAACAAUCUUACGCAGUGGUGGUGGAUACCGCUACAAACUAUCAUCGAGCACAUGAGAAAUUACUCCAAGAGAAUCGUGAACUUGGUGUACAACACCAUCACGCUAUGGAGCUUUUCGUCAACGACCACAAGUCGGUUUGCGACAGCCAUUCCCAAAACGAGGCUGUAUUAAGGGAAGAGAUAGCGACGCUCCAAAAAAGGCUCGACUUAAUGGGAGACAACGGCUCACUGGAGAAGAGCCAGUGUAAAGCUACAGUUGAUGCGAUGAAGCAAGAAAUUUCGGAUCUUCGUGAGGAACUUCUUGCGGCUAAACAUAUGUUGGUAAAGGGAGACAAGAAGCACAUUGCUCUACUACCAGGUGAUCCUCUAAAAAAUCAAGUCGGUGGUAGAUGGGCACCAGAGGGGCUUGCCGCACUUACAGAAGCACAGGCAAACGCAAUGAGGAUGCGUCUUGACAAAAGGAAGGGGAUCGCAGACGAUAUUAUUGAAAAGCGUUCCUGUGAAGCAGCCAAGGAUCCUGCGGAGCUUCCAGGUUCAGAAUUUUUGAAACUGCAGGCCACGUUCAGGAAGGGGAUGGCCGAAGCGGAGAUGGACCAAGACCCAAAGAUGAAGCCAACUUCAAAGUCUGAGCAGUCGGACCAGCCAACUCAACCCUCAAAGCCAACGCCAACUCCAAAAGCCGUACACCUCAACCAGUCUACUCAAACCCCAAAGCCAAAGCCAACCCCAGUGGUUGUACACUCCUACAAGGCUACCCAGCCCUCGCAGCAGCCAAAGCCAGCUUCAGUUCCUACGCCCUCACAUGGGCAACCUCUAAAGGUCCCAGCAGCCUCAAAGAUCCCAACCCCAGCCAAAACGCAACCUAGAAAUCUGGUAAAAGAGACCCUUCCUGUUGAGGCGCCACCGGCAUACUCACGCAGCUUCACAAUACCCCAUGACGCGCCCUACUGGAUGAAAGCUCACCACGCACCCGCCAUAGCAAGCGGCGUAGUCGCGGUGGCAAGUGAGGAAGUCGAGAGUGGUGGUCCAAUCCCGUUAUCCAUCUUUGAAGAGCAAAAGCUUGCGGCGCAAGGCAACAACCAAGCAUGA